UAGGUUAUAUUUUUAAAUGGAAGAUUCGGCGGUCGAAUUGCUCGAUUCAAAAUCUGACAUAAAUGGUCAAUUUAGCGAGUCAAUUGACACGAGCUCCAGUAUGAACGAUGCUGAGGACGAAGGAAUUGAACGCAGUUCCAAUUAUGGCAAUUGUACGCCACAACAAUCCUUAAAAUUUCGGCACGUUGAUAAUUCAAUUUUCAAUACAAUAUCCAAAAUAGUUAAUCCCGCCGCAAAGGUACCCGAAAUACAAGAUUUUAAAAUUGUGAAACCAAUAAGCAGAGGAGCAUUUGGCAAAGUUUUUCUAGGGCAUAAAAAGUCUAAUCCAGAGCAAUUGUAUGCUAUUAAAGUAAUGAAAAAGAAUGAAAUGAUAAAUAAGAAUAUGGCAUCUCAAGUUAUAAUAGAAAGAAAUGCAUUAGCAUUAACGCACAGCCCUUAUUGCGUGCAGCUUUUUUAUUCUCUACAAACUGUAAGCAGUGUAUACUUAGUCAUGGAAUAUAUGGUUGGAGGUGAUCUUAAGAGUUUGCUCGGCGUUUAUGGUUACAUGGAGGAAAGCAUGGCAGCUUUUUAUACGGCUGAAGUAUGUUUAGCUCUUGAAUAUCUUCACUCUCACGGUAUAGUUCACAGAGAUUUAAAACCAGAUAAUAUGUUACUUUCCCGAGAGGGACACGUUAAAUUGACAGAUUUUGGUCUCAGCAAGAUAUCAUCCUUGCAUAGGGAUCUUGAAAUAUCGGAUUUAGUCAAUUGUACACCUAGUCUUUGCACUCGAACUCCAGGACAAUUACUUUCUUUAACAUCUCAUUUGUCCUUCGGUUCUGGGCAACAGUCAGUCAAUGAUUCAAUAAGCAGUAAUGAAAGUGCUAAUGCUAUUCAGAUGAUGUCAGCUUUACACAGAAAUUGUACUAAAAUACAAUCGUCUCCUAAUUCGGAAAUUUCAUCGAUCGACGCUACUUCCUGCGAUUAUUCUCGCGUAUCUGGUAUUACACCGUUUCAAUCCGCAGAAGAUUUAAGGAUUGGAAACGAAGAUCAAACGAAUAUGAGGACUGAGAAUAUGAGUGAAGAGAGUUCAAGUAGUUAUCACACAUGCGAAGCAUCCUCGAGUAAUACAAUCAAUCCUAUUAAUCGUAACGUAGAAGACGAGGAUGAAUCUACGUUAGAAGGAGAACAUUCACAACAUUUACUUAUCCAUACAAGUCCCGUAAGUACCUGUGUCAAUUCGUUUGGACGAGGAACGAAAAGAAAAAGGGUUACGGCAGAUUUAACAUGUGGUUUAAUUCGUGAAAUUUAUCUUAUGGAAUUGGAUGUAGAUAAAACACCAAAAAGACAAAACCGCGGUACAUCGUAUUCCUGUGAGAGUCCUAAAUCAAUUGACAUGGAUUUAGCGUCGAGCGAGAUAAUUAAUGAAAAUGAAGAUAAAAAUGUGGAUAAUCGUAGCGGUGGUAGUUCAGGUGGUGGAGUUGCUUUCAGUACACCGGUUUCUUCAUUUAAUGCCGAUUCGGAGAGCACAGACCAGACAGAAAAAACGUCUCAGGAUAGUUUAUCUACUAUUCCUCCGGUGAAAUCAACAAGAUUUCAUCUUCCACCUGCAAUGUCAACGGAAUUUACUCCAGAUUCUAAUGUCAAUCCUAUGGAGAGCGAAAAUAUUAUCUCUCCGAUCAAGACGCCCGCACCUUCGAGUAGCAAUUGCACAACUUAUCGCACACCCAAGUCAGUUAGAAGGGGUUUAGGUGCCGGUAAUGGUCGGUCGGACGAACGUAUAUUAGGUACACCUGAUUAUUUAGCACCGGAGUUGCUUUUACGUCAAGGCCACGGUCCUGCAGUCGAUUGGUGGGCUCUCGGUGUUUGUCUUUUCGAGUUUUGUACAGGAGUACCACCAUUUAACGACGAGACACCACAGGCAGUCUUUGCUAAUAUUCUUGCGAGAGACAUACCUUGGCCGGAAGGUGAGGAAGCUUUGUCUUCUGCAGCUACGGAAGCAAUAGGUGCACUUCUUACGCUAGAUCAAUCUGUACGGCCGACCGCGAAAGAAGUAAGGGGUAUGAAACUCUUUGAAAAUUUUCCUUGGAACGAACCAUUAAAGGCUGUUCCUCCUUUUAUACCACAACCGGAUGACAAUUAUGAUACGUGUUAUUUUCAAGCAAGGAAUAUACUUCAGCAUCUAAAUGUCAGUAGCUGCGACACGUAACAUUUAUUGUUAUCCCGAAGAGUUCAUAACGAAUUAAAAACGAUAAAAUUAGUAAAAUU